AUGGCGAGGCAUCCGCACCAAGUGAGUUGAACUUAGAACGGUGAAUAAUUCGGCAGAAACCAACGUUACAGGGUCCGGGAAGUGCUCCCCAAAUGCGCCGUCCGGGAGUGUUCACUGCUCCGCAGCCACAAAUGCACGGAGCUCGUCCGCAACCUCCGCAACAAGCCGUUCCGAAAAAGAAGAGAUACGCCGACAAGAUUAUUCAUCCCAAGGUUCAAUUAUCGAUUCGUUCAAUUGUUGCAAUUAUAUUUUUAGAUUCGUGAGCUCGAGCCGGACGCGGAGAACUACAUGUCCUUGCUGGCUUCUGAGCAACAACUGGACUCAACUCUUUCGAGAAAGAAACUGGACAUUACUGAGGCGUUGAAGCGUCCUCUGAAAGUCAAGAAACGCCUGCGAAUCUACAUUUCGCACACGUUCAUCGAGGAGAAGCAUCCGGAAAAAGAGAACGACGAGGCGACUCUUCCGAUGUGGGAAUUGCGUGUUGAGGGACGUCUUCUGGAAGAUACGACCCCGGCGACGACUCCCGGACAGAGACCGCUCCCGAAAAGAAAGUUCAGCUCUUUCUUCAAAAGUCUCGUCAUCGAGCUGGACAAGGAUCUCUACGGACCGGAUCAGCAUCUCGUCGAGUGGCAUCGUACUCCUCAGACUAACGAGACGGACGGAUUCCAAGUGAAGCGCGCUGGUGACCGUCCCGUCAAAUGCCGAAUUCUUCUUCUUCUGGACAAUCAUCCGAAUAAGUUCAAACUGCAUCCGCGUCUUGCCAAAGUUCUCGGAAUCGCCGCGGAGACUCGGCCGAAGAUCAUCGAGGCUCUGUGGCAGUACAUCAAGACGCACGGCCUCCAGGAUCCGCAGGAACGCGACAUCAUUAACUGUGAUCCCUUUUUGUUCCAAGUGUUCGGAGUGAAGAGAAUGAGAUUUAUGGAGGUGCCAACCAAGCUGCAUCAUCUUCUCCACCAAGUCGAUCCGUUGGAGUUCAAUCACGUAAUUCAACGUCCAAAAGACGGACUGGAGCAAGUUUCGACUUGUUAUGAUAUUGAUGUGGAGCUGGAGGAUCCCGUGAAACAGCAAAUGAUGGCCUUCAUCCACAACCCGGCUCUCAUCAACGAUCUGCAGAUGCUUGACCAGAAGUGCUACGACAUCGUCGAACAAAUCAACGAGCUCAAGACUCGACGUGAUUUCUACGCGCGUUUCCACGCCGAUCCCGUCCAGUUUAUUGAGAAGUUCGUCGUCAGUCAGGCGAACGAUCUGAAGAUAUUAGGCGAACUGAACGGAGACACCGAGGCGGAUCGGCAUGUGGAAUCCUAUACGCGUCCAGAAGCUGAAGAAGGAGUCCAACGGUUCGUUCAAAACGUCUUCUUUCUUUUAAUUUACAUAUUUUUUUCAGGUAUAUGUUCCAAAAAGUGAACCAGAAGCGUAUGGAGCUGGAGCAAAGUCUCGGAGUUCGCAUCAACUAA